UGCCUUGAGGAAAAACCCUGCCCCUCUUGGGGAAUUAUCCUGAGUCAUAGCUUUGGGCUGGGGCCAUGGGAAAAAAACUUGGUUGUGUAGCCGAGAAGGCAGCCCUUUCCUAGGAAGGCCUGGGAAAGUGGGCCAAGGACUAGGGAAAAGGCACAAAGAGUCAUGGCAGAGACUCGAAGGCAUGGUUGAAUCCCGGAGACAACUCCAUUUAAGUGGGUUGUCAGUGUGGGAGCACUAGUCUGUUUUAUCGGCCAACAGGAUCACAGCUGUGGAUCUAAGACCUUUGGGGUGCUUGGAGAGAGAAGAGGGAGGGCUUUAGCAAACGAGGGCUAGGCUUGGCCGGCUGACUAGCUGGGCGGGCCUUGUUCAGGAGGCAGGCCUAUGGGCGGACCCAGGCAGUUUCACUUCCUGAGCCACUGCUGCCAGCAGCAGAACCAACAGUGCCUUGCUGCCUGCUUCUCGGCUCAGCAUGGGCUCACAGGCCCUGCCCCACGGUCCCAUGCAGACCCUCAUCUUCUUGGACCUGGAAGCCACUGGCCUGCCUUUCUCUCAGCCCAAGGUCACAGAGCUGUGCCUGCUGGCUGUCCACAGAUAUGCCCUGGAAAACACCUCCAUCUCUAGGGGGCAGCCACCUCCAGUGCCCAAACCGCCCCGUGUGGUGGACAAGCUCUCUCUGUGCAUUGCUCCAGGGAAAGCCUGUAGCCCUGCAGCCAGUGAGAUCACAGGGCUGAGCACAGCUGAGCUGGAAGUAAAUGGGCGUCAAUGCUUCGACGACAACUUGGCCAACCUGCUCCAAGCCUUCCUGCAGCGCCAGCCACAGCCCUGCUGCCUUGUGGCACACAAUGGUGACCGCUAUGACUUUCCCCUGCUCCAGGCGGAGCUUGCUAUGCUGAGCACUAGCAGUCCUCUAGAUGGUAUCUUCUGUGUGGAUAGCAUUGCUGCCCUAAAGGCCUUGGAACAAUCUAGCAGCCCCUCAGAGCAUGGUCCAAGGAAGAGCUACAGCCUGGGCAGCAUCUAUACACGCCUGUAUGGGCAAGCACCAACGGACUCGCACACUGCUGAAGGUGACGUUCUAGCCCUGCUCAGCAUCUGUCAGUGGAAGCCACGGGCCCUGCUGCAGUGGGUAGACAAACAUGCCCGGCCCUUGAGCACCGUCAAGCCCAUGUAUGAUACUGCAGCCACUGCUAGACCAGCCAGCCCAAGGCCAUAUGCCGCCACAGCCACUACAUCCUUGGCCACAACCAACUCAAGUCCCAGCCACGGCAGGAGCAGGCGACCCAAGAAUCUUCCUCCAGCAAAGACUGCAGAAGCUCCAUCCCAGGAGUUGCUGGCCCCACUGAGCCUGCUGGCCUUCCUGACCUUGGCAGUAGCCAUACUGUAUGGACUCUUCUUGGCCUCACCUGGGCAGUAAGCCAAGAAGGAAAAUCUGACCAAUAAAGACCCCCACAGCACUGACUAGUA